AGAACUGUCGCACGUAAAAACAACACAGUGGAAAGUUUUAUCCAAACGUUUAGUUCUGCCACAAGUUGAACCCCGUCCCAGUAACCACCAGCAACAUGUCGAAACUGAUCCGUUGGGGAAUUGCUUCAGCUGGCAAGAUCAGCGAGGAUUUUGUCAUCGCUCUGAGCACCCUGCCCGCCACUGAUCACAAGGUCCAGGCUGUUGCCGCCCGAUCCCUGGAUCGUGCCCAGGAAUUUGCCACCAAGCACUCCAUCCCCAAGGCUCUCGGAAGUUACGAGGAGCUGGCCAAGAGCGGUGAUGUGGAUGUUGUCUAUAUUGGCACCCUAAACCCCCAGCACUACGAGGUCGCCGUGCUGAUGCUGAACAAUGGCAAGCAUGUGCUCUGCGAGAAGCCUCUGGCCAUGAACAAGAAGCAAGUGGAGGGCAUCCUGGCGGCGGCGAAGGCCAACAAGAGAUUCUUCAUGGAGGCGGUGUGGUCUCGCUUCUUCCCCUCAUACCAGCGUGUCAAGGAGCUCAUUGCUAGUGGACAGCUGGGACAGAUCAAGGAUGUGGAGGUGAACUUUGGCUUCCUAGAGCAUGUGGAUCGUUUGCAGAAACGCGAGCUCGGAGGUGGAGUGGUUUACGAUCUCGGUAUCUACACCAUUCAGGCCUCGCAGUGGGCCUUCCAGGAGAAGCCCCAGAAGAUCGAGUCCAAGGGAUCCCUUAAUGCCGAGGGCAUCGACGAUGAUGUGAGUGCCACGUUGACCUACAGUGGCGGACGCACCGCUCGCAUGCGCUUCUCCUCCAAGGAAAAGCUGUCCAACACUGCUGUGAUCAAGGGCACCAAAGGACAGGUUACCCUGAUUGACUUCUGGUCGCCAAACAAACUGAUCGACAUCGAUGGUCAGGAGAAGGAAUGGCUGCCCCCCAAGGGCAAGUACCAGACCAACUAUGCCAACUCCGAGGCCAUGAGAUACGAGGCUGAGGCUGUGCGUCAGUCCAUCCUCGCUGGUGAAGUGGAGAAUAAGAAUGUAUCUUAUGCUGAUAGCUUGCUCUUUGCCGAGAUCGAGGAUACCAUCCGCAAGCAGAUCGGUGUGCUGAAUAAGUUCGAUGAGGAAUAAAUGUAGAUUUUAUAUAAUUAAA